CAAAGAUUCAAGCAAUAAUGUUCCGUACUGGAAGCGAUGAUGAUAUGAUGGUAUGAUGAUAUGAAAAAUGUGACAGUGUUUGUUGCACAUACUGUGCCAUAGUGAUUGGUUUGUGCACGUAUGGGGGUGGAUAAGAGUCAUUGCCAUCGACAAGGGAUCGCGUGGGUAUGGAUGACAAUUGACAAUGAUGAUGGUGAGGAUGACGAUGACGAUGAUGAUGAAGAAAUGAAGAUGAAGAUGAUCAAGAUGAUUAAGGUGAAGAUGAAGAAUGACGAGGGACGGGUGAUGACUCUAGGAGUGAAUAUUGGCAUCAUUGGCGAGAGGGAAGGAGCAAUGGAUGGUCGUUAUUGUUGUUGUUUGAUGUUGUUUCCUUCCUCUUCCCGUCACCGCCUUCCUCCUCCCGCCUACAGCGUUCCGCCAUACCGCCCACCGCCCACUCUCCAGUGUCCACCGCCUAUCGCCAAAGCACCGAGGCUCAUUAUUAGUUACCUCUUGUACUCCAUGGGAAAGUCGAAGAUAGAGUACUUUGUAAUCAUUACUAUUGCAAUAUGCGAGAACUCUAUACGUGUAUAUAAAUAAAUGCAAUAUAGGAGCCUAAUAUUACCUGACGACAUGGCAUGCUAACCUGAUGACGAUAGUCUACACAGCAAGUCUACAGUGACUACGGAGUAGUACUUGUAAUAAUUGCAGUAUCUAGUAAUAAUAGUAGUGCUAGUAAUGGUGGUAGAUGCUAGAUAGUGGUACCUACCUAGGUACGAGUAGUGUACAAAUUGGGUGAUACAGAGGGCAAGGGUAGAUAUCAAGAUCUACAUUAUUGUGAA